AUGGAGGCUAUUCAGCAGGAUAUGGAGCCGUUUUGGACAGAAAUGAAUGCUUUGCGGUCAGUGAUCAGCACAACGGACGUAGAUCCAGCUUGUAGAGGAGCCUGUAAGAAGGCACUUGAAGCCAACGCCUGCGGUAUAGUCGAGCCUGAAGUGAACCUGCGCAGGCUCGAAGAAGACCAGAAUGAGAAGCGUGCAGAUGGCGAACCGUCAAUGAGAUCAGGCAGUAAUCCAUGGCAAAACCCACAUCUGGAAGGACCUCGUGCCGAAGCGCUUGAGUAUCUCCGUAAAGAGAAGGAAGGGUACAUGACAACAAACAUUCUGUACCAAUUUUGGAUCCAAGAGGCGUCAAAGAACCGCAAGUUGUGUGAGUCUAAACAGCUUGCCAAACAAGUGGACGAGACAAAGUCGAAAUACGCUGACUUUGAAAAGCAAGAAGCGAAGUUGCGAGAAGAGCUAACAUACGCCAAGGAACAGCAGAAGGAGCUGCAGUCAAUGCAGAAGAAAGAGCUAAAGAAACAGAAGAACAAUUUGGGCAAAAAGUGCAGGAAAAUGAGGAGCUAG